AUGACAUACUACUGCUCCAACUACUAUGGCUCCAUCCAAUGCCGCACGACGGUUGCUAGGUUUGGAGAUAGAUGCAAGCUCUGCACUGUUAUGAGGGUCGGUGCCUCGAUAAGCGAUGGCCUGCUGCCCGAAACCCCCAACGGCGGGCUGCACAACUCAGCUAGCAGGGAUCAGAGCAUAGACCGGAGAGGAGAAGAGAGGAGAAUGGUCAAGUAA